UUUAAAUUUAAAUAUGGAAAAAGACUCUGACCGAAAAGAAGAUUUAGAAGAUGAAGAAGGUGAAGAGGAAGGGGAAGAGGAAGAAGAAGAGGAAGAAAAGAAAACUAUUAGUAAUUCGGAUAUUAAGAGGGAUGAAAGGAAGACUGAUAUGGGGAAAGUUAUGACUGUAAUACAUGAAGAGUCGAAGAAGAGUAUUUUGGAUUAUGGUAAAACUGCAGCUAAGAAGUAUAAGUUUGAAGAAUUGGAGCCCACCCAUAGGCCUAUAUUUUCGUUAAAGACUUCUACUGUGAAGACAGAGGAGAGGUUUAAGAUGAGUGCCCAGGAAUAUCUUGAUCAUUUUAAAAUAGCUACUAUACUUCAAGAUACAUUCAAAACAAUUUUAGAUAGGAGGGAAGAGAAUGCAAGAGAUCUUUUUAUCCAAUACUUAGAAGCUACAUUGAAUGGAGAGCAUAUUCUCCUGAGAGAACAUGCAUUUGUAAAUGCAACUCCUCUAAAUAGAAAAUGCUUUUUGCAACAAGUCAGAAAGGUAUUCCAUUGCACUCCUUGCUAUAAAAUAGUGACUGGGCUUGAUUACCUCCAAUUGCUUACCCUAAUUUGAUCAGACUUCCCUAAAAGCUUAAUGAUUGAAGCUGUAAAGGUAAUCAAUGUAGCUGAUACAAAACUUCCAUCAACAAAGGCAAUGGAAGACCUCUUGUUUGAAAAAUAUGAGCUAUUCGACCUUCAAUGAUCAAUUUGAAUAUUCUUCUAUUUUCACGAAUUUAUGGAAGGAAUAAAGACUAUCUUCCAGGACGCACAACUCAACUCAGCCAGCCUAGACCUGGACGAGGAGUGUUCUGUGAUAACAAUCUAUACAGCUGCAUGCAACUUUAUCAGGAGAGGAAACUUGAACAAAUGCCCAUACCCAAGCUUUGAGAAUGUCCUUGAAGCAAUUAUUCAUGACACUGACCUAGAAGAACGGCUCAGCUCUGAGCCACUCGUGCUAGCAGAUGAUAUAGUGCCAGAUCUGACUGGAAAGAUAAGUUACAGGAAGUUCUGUGCUGGCAUGUAUAGAAAUAAACACCUGAUCCUGUCUAUUUACAAACCAAUAGUCAGCAAGAGUCUCUUAGAGAAGAGGAAGCUUCAUGAAUCCAGUAAGAGGAAGGAAACCGGGUCCAAAAAGGAUGAUAUCAAAAGGACUAAGACUAAAGGAUAA